CACACACAGACACAGACACACACACACACACACACACAUGUCGGCGCUCGAGUGGUACGCGCACAAGUCGCUGGGCGACGGCAUCUUCUGGAUCCAGGAGCGCUUCUACGAGUCGGGCAACCGCGCCAACAUCUGGCUGGUGCGCGGCUCGGAGCAGGACGUGGUGAUCGACACGGGGCUGGGCCUGCGCAGCCUGCCCGACUACCUGCACUCGGCGGGGCUCUUGCAAGAGCGCCCGGGCCCGCCGGCGCCGGACGCCGCCCCGAGCCGGCCGCUGCUGGCCGUGGCCACGCACGUGCACUUCGACCACGCCGGCGGCCUCUACCAGUUCGACCGCGUGGCCGUGCACCGCGCCGAGGCCGACGCGCUGGCCCGCGGGGACAACUUCGAGACCGUCACCUGGCUGUCCGACCGCGAGGUGGUGCGGGCGCCCAGCCCGGGCUGGAGGGCCCGGCAGUUCCGCGUGCAGGCGGUGCAGCCCUCGCUCAUCCUGCAGGAUGGGGAUGUGAUCAACCUUGGUGACAGACAGCUUACCGUUAUGCAUAUGCCUGGCCACUCCAGGGGCAGUAUUUGCUUACAUGACAAAGAUCGGAAGAUUCUCUUCAGUGGAGAUGUUGUGUAUGAUGGCUCACUAAUUGACUGGCUCCCGUACAGCAGGAUAAAUGACUAUGUUGGAACCUGUGAAAGGCUUAUAGAAUUAGUAGACAGAGGUCUUGUUGAGAAGGUGCUUCCAGGGCACUUCAAUACCUUUGGUGCUGAGAGGCUUUUUCGUUUGGCUUCUAACUAUAUUUCAAAAGCUGGGAUAUGCCACAAAGUAUCUACUUUUGCCAUGCGAUCUCUUGCAAGUUUAGCUCUUCGUGUAACAAAUUCUAGGACCUUAUCGUAGUUUCUAUGUAAUAAUUUAUUCUGAUUAACUCUAUAAACCAAUUCAUUUGUGAUUCCUUGUGAGCAAUUCAAGAUGAGCUUUUAUACCACUACUGUAUCUUACGUAAAAAGAGAGUGAGAAUGAAUAAGCCAAAAUUGGAAGUUCUUAGUUGACUUUUUUUUUCCCCUUCCAAAUAGAAAACCUCUUCAAUAAGCUUAGUAUUUACCAAAAUUGUCAUGUUAUAUUAUUUGCUUUAGAAUUACUUAAAAGUUUUUCAGAUGGGGAAGUAAGCAGGUAAAAGCAGUUAGCCUUGCUCUCAUUUCUUUUAUUUUCUAGACACAG